GGUGUAGAGCAUAUAGUCAUUGGUUGCAUGACAAGCGACGUUCGGGAACUGUAACAUAUAUAUAUAUAUAUAUAUAAAAAAUGGAUUUUUUAAAUGUACAAUUCUGUUCAUAGGUUUUAUUCAGGUUUGAAAAAGCUUUAAAAUGUGACUGCUUUUAAAAAAUAGUGUUGAGUUGAUUUUUAUUAAUUAACAAAAUGGAAAGUAUGAACAGAUUAGAAAUCAAAAUGAAAUCAAUAUUUGCUGUGACUAUUUCUAGGUACAGUUUUUGUAGGAACUCGGCAGGUAGGUUGUUCCAUACAUCUUGACGAACUAAGCAGAGAUCUUUUGUGGAUAGUCUGCCUUAAAUCCUUCUGUUUCUUCACGAAAUGCCAGACAAAUUUAUUGACGUUGAGGUCAGGACUCUGUGUUGGCCAAACUUUUACUUCCAGGACUCCAUGUUCUUCUCUAUGUUGAAGAUAGUUCAUAAAGACAUUGGCUGUAUUUUUGUGGUUGUUGUCAUGCUGCAGAAUUAAUUUGAGCCCAAUCACAUGUCUCCCUGAUGGUACUGUAUGAUGGAUAAGUAUCUGCCUGAAAUUUCUCCGCACUGAAGACCAUUAAUCCUGACCAAAUCUCCAACUCUUUUGCGGAAAUGGAGUAACACCUGCCCAGUAUUUCCACAAUACUGUAAUUACUUAAAAGUACAAGUAUUCAGUUUCUAAGGUAUAUAAUGACCACUGUAUUUCAAGUUGGAAUGGAAACCAGAAAGCCUGUUGGAAUCCUACUCACAUAUCAGAGUAAACAUGAACAGAAAGUAAACCCAGAGUGUAGCCAUUUUUACCACCAUACCUCCUGAAGGAAAGUGUAAUUAAAACAAAUUAUUAAAACAAUUUAAAUGUAUAUAUAAAUACUCAGAUUUUAUUUAAUAUGCUGAAUUACAGUAGUAAGACUAACAUUAGUUUAUUGCAUAAAUAUGUAUUGGAUCAUCUGGCUUUAAGUCACUACGUUACCAUGAUAUUCACCAAGCAUUGCUUAAGAUUUCACUAGGAGACAAAAUAAACACUAGACUGGUGUUAAAAAUUAGAUUUAUUUAAGAUUUAGCCAGUCUAAGUGAUUUUAACAUGGACAUGGGUAUAAACAACCUUAUAUGUUUCUUCACAGCGUUCCUGAGCAUCACCUCAGAAACAACAACUUCCCCAGCUAUUGUGCUCUCACCAGAAAAGAGAAAUGGCUCUUUAGCAGCAUUAAAGAAAGCACAAACACACCAAGGCGACCCCUUAUCUCACUGAACAACCCUUGAAACAACAUAAACUAAGUGUUCAUUUGCAAAGCUCUUUAAUGAACUUUGCGUCCAAACUACUUUUAAAAGCGACCAGUGUGAGCUUAUAUAGUCGCACAGCAUAAGCCCCGCCCCUUCUGCAGGUGCGACUCGAAUCACGUGACAAAAACUCAGGCAGAAGCGGUCUCGGAUUUUGACCGAAAGCGGCUGUUCACCUCCAACUCGGAAACGGAGAUUUUGAGAUUGUAACUCGACCCAGAUGAGCAUAUCAUCAUCAUUAUUAUUAUUAUCAACAACAACAUCAUCAUCACUAUUAUGAGUGAGUCCAGAACCCAGCGUGGACCCCGAGAGAAGCACGGAGGAGGCCACAGAGAGCGUCAACAACAACAACAACAACAACAACGACAUCACCGACCGCAUCAAAACACGCGACCAUCUUCCAACAGCAGAUCAUCUGCUAGAUCCCAGUACACCUCUAGAAACCAGUCAUCCCAUUCCCAGCAUGGGAGAAGGCCAACAUCAGGAGAUGUCCAUGGGUCAAAGUGUGCCCACAUUUGCUCCAGAAGGGGAAUUGUGCUGAUGUGUGCAUUUUUGUGCAACCUUCUGGUGUUGUUCUGUGUCGUGGCUGCUUACGUGACUCUAUCAGGCAUGUCGGCUAUGAGUUUUGCAAGCGGCGGGAGUUUUGUUGACGCCAUCAUCCCGUUCGAAGGGACAGAGCUCCAGCAGGUGCGUGAUCUUGAUAUGCAGUUUUCACAAAUGAGAGCUCCUGGAAUCUAUGGCGGCCUGGCAUUCAGCAUCACGUUUGGCGUACUGUCUCUCUUAUUUGUCAUGUCUGGCAACAAGCCUGCCCAUGUGCUUUCCCGGAAGAUCCUGAUUGGUCAGUUUGCAUUCCAGGCGAUUGGAGCAGUGGCUUAUGUCAUUGCAGUGGGCCUGUAUUUAUAUUUUGUGAUAAAAGUGAACUCGACAGACGUGUGUUUAUUGCGCGAGCGACUGUACGCCCGUAACGGACAGACCUGGAUGAACUGCAGUGUGAACGGUGCAGAUGCAGCUGUGGCAUUAUUUGGAAUCAUAGUGACCAUUUUAUAUGCUAUCGGAGCCGUGCUUACUGGUAGAACAAUUUACCAUGUGAACCGGUAUGUUAAUGCUCACAAUAAAGCACAAAAACCUAACCGGCCAGACAAUAGCCAGGACACACCACUUGAGUCAGGCAUCUAUAUAUAAACUUCAGCCCAGAGUGUGGUUGAUGUUGAAUAUGAUGUUUUGUCUUUUUUAAUAUUUUGUACAAAUUUUUAACAUAUGAUGGUGUUUAAGAAACAUUUUACUACACUAUGCUUAAAAUGUAUUUUAUACAUCCAUAUUUGACUAAAUCUAUAAUGUGAAUGAGUAGGUAAAUAUAUUAAGUUUAAAUGUUAAAAUACACGCUUAUUGUAUAGAUUUUUGCUGGUUUGAUUUAAUGUUGUAACCGCUAGGAGGCAGUAUACACUUGUUGUUUACACUGGUUUAAAUACAUGUUUUUUUUUGUUUGUUUUUUUUUUAAACAAUAUGAUGUCUAGCUAUGACUGCCUAAUGUCAAUCAUGGGUUCUUAAACUUAAAGGCCCCCAAGGACCUUUUUACCUGUUGAAAAAAUUAAAAACUAUAACAUUGAAUAAAUAAAAUAUUUCUAAUUUA